CUACAUUUGCCCGCCAAAUUUAGUGAUUUAAAACGAGCACCGCCACUGUCUGAGAAUUACAGUGGCUGUCGCUGAAAUCUAAAAAUGUCUUCCUUGGAAAACGAGGAGGAAGAAGAGCUAGAAGAGGAAAUUCUCUCACCGUCAGAUUCGAGCGAUUCUGGUGACGAGUUCGCACAUGAUCGAGAAGAAGAUUUGGAAGACGACGACGACGGUGGGCACCGGCCUGUUGCACGAAAUCCGUCUGAUGAAGAUCGCAAAUCAAAGAAUGUAGACGCUCUUGUGAGAGGCAACCUUAUUGUAAGGAGACAGGCGCUGCUUCCUCGAGUUCUUUCAGUUACAGAAGGGGCAUCCAUUUGUAGGAAACCCUUUAAACCUCCAUGUUCCAAUGGCUAUAAAGAUGGAAAUGAAAAGCUCACACGUCGUCUUUUUGCCCGGAAACGAUUUGUUCCAUGGGGUUCUUCAAGUCCAGUUUUGGUGGCAAUAACUAAUCGGUUAAAUGUGUCAAGUACUAUUGAGAAAGAUAAAGUGGAAGAAACUGUGACUUUGCCACCUGGAAUUGAUCCUCUGGUGUUGUGGCAACCUGAAGAAUCCGAGGAUGGAGCUGGUAAUUCAGCAUCAGUAGUGGUGGAUCCAUUGCUUGUUCAGUUCCUUCGACCCCAUCAAAGAGAGGGGGUUCAAUUCAUGUUCGAAUGUGUUUCAGGGUUAUACAGUGCAGCCAAUAUCAAUGGAUGUAUUUUGGCUGAUGAUAUGGGUUUGGGAAAGACAUUGCAGUCAAUCACAUUGCUAUACACACUUCUUGGUCAAGGGUUUGAUGGAAAGCCUAUGGUUAAAAAAGCCAUCAUUGUCACUCCAACCAGCCUUGUAAGCAAUUGGGAGGCUGAAAUAAAAAAAUGGGUUGGAGAAAGAGUUAAGCUUAUAGCUCUAUGUGAAAGCUCUAGAGAUGAUGUGCUCACCGGAAUUGAUAGUUUCACAAGUCCUCAAAGUAUUUUGCAGGUACUGAUUGUAUCAUAUGAGACAUUCCGGAUGCAUUCAUCAAAGUUUAGCCAUAGUGAAUCUUGUGACCUUCUCAUAUGUGAUGAGGCGCACAGGCUGAAAAAUGAUCAGACAUUAACAAACCGGGCAUUGGCUGCUCUCUCAUGCAAGCGCCGCAUUUUGUUGUCAGGAACUCCAAUGCAGAAUGACCUAGAAGAGUUCUUUGCAAUGGUAAACUUUACUAAUCCAGGGAUUUUGGGUGAUGCCACAUAUUUUCGUCGUCAUUAUGAGAUGCCAAUUAUUUGUGGAAGAGAACCAACUGCCACUGAAGAAGAGAAGAAGUUAGCUGUUGAGCGCACUGGAGAAUUAAGUGCGAAAGUGAAUCAGUUCAUCUUGAGAAGGACUAAUGCAUUGCUAUCGAAUCACCUGCCGCCAAAGAUUGUUGAAGUUGUUUGUUGCAAAUUGACUCCUCUCCAAUCAGAGCUAUACAAUCAUUUUAUACAUUCCAAAAAUGUUAAACGAGCAAUAACUGAAGACACAAAGCAGUCAAAGAUUUUGGCUUAUAUUACGGCUCUUAAGAAGCUUUGCAAUCAUCCAAAGCUCAUUUAUGAUACCAUAAGAAGUGGAAGUCCAGGGACUUCAGGGUUUGAGGACUGUUUGCGAUUUUUCCCUUCAGAGAUGUUCUCUGGGAGAUCUGGUACUUGGAGUGGUGGUGGUGGUGCAUGGGUUGAACUUUCCGGUAAAAUGCAUGUUUUGGCUCGAUUAUUGGCCCAUUUACGUUGGCAAACUGAUGAUCGAAUUGUUCUUGUCUCAAACUAUACUCAGACCCUGGACCUUUUUGCUCAAUUAUGCCGGGAAAGAAGAUAUCCACACUUAAGGCUUGAUGGAACCACGUCAAUUGGUAAAAGACAAAAGCUAGUUAAUCGCUUCAAUGAUGCAUCAAAGGAUGAGUUUGUAUUUCUCCUAAGCAGUAAGGCUGGUGGUUGCGGCCUUAAUCUAAUAGGUGGUAAUCGGCUUGUCUUGUUUGAUCCUGACUGGAAUCCUGCCAAUGACAAACAGGCUGCUGCAAGAGUUUGGAGGGAUGGACAGAAGAAGAGAGUUUACAUCUAUAGAUUUCUAAGUACUGGAACAAUUGAAGAAAAGGUUUUUCAGCGUCAAAUGUCAAAAGAAGGGCUUCAAAAGGUUAUUCAGCAUGAGCAAAAUGAUAGCCUUGUUGCACAGGGCAACUUUCUUUCCACUGAAGAUUUACGAGAUCUGUUCACAUUUCAUGAGAAUGUCAGGUCUGAAAUACAUGAAAAGAUGAACUGUGCUCGCUGCCUUUUUCAUGAUGAUGGCCCUGAGAACAUAUUAGAGGGAGAAGGAUCAAUAAAUAGGUGUCAGUCAGAUCAAGAGGUGUUUGAUAUUGGUGGAUUUGCUGGGAUUGCUGGAAUCUUGCACAAGUUAAAGGGUUCAGAGAUGCAGGUAGGGACUCCUCUUGAAGAGGAUUUGGGUAGCUGGGGGCAUCAUUUUCACUCAACAUCAGUACCUGACGCUAUACUUCAAGUUUCAGCUGGUGAUGAGGUAACAUUUGUAUUCACAAAUCAGGUAGAUGGGAAGCUUGUACCAAUUGAAUCAACAGUAAAUCCAAAGAUGCAGGACAUAAAAGGAAAUCAGAACCAACAUGACAAUAAGGACAAUCUGGACCGAAAUUUGAAGCUGUUUCAACACCAUAAAUUGCCACAACCCUUUCUUCCCAGUGGAGAUUCUGUGAGAGAUUCAUUAUCUUCCUCAUUUAAGCCUUUGCUAAGAACAAAUGUGAAAAGAAUGAGAACUUUAAAAGGAACAGAGAAUGCUGACCCAAACUCUAAACAAACUUUUGGAAAUCAAUUACCAUUGAAAAGUUUAUCCCCUUGCACUGUAGAAUAUGAUGACGAUUUUGAGUAAAAUUAGUCAAGUUUUGGGCAGCUGAAAUAAAUUUCUCAUUUUGUUCUCAA